GGGACGUCUUUGACGGGGCUCUCCGCGGGUUGCGUGCUGACGCCAUCGCUCGCACCGCGCGAUGACGUCAAGUCGCGCGAUGACGUCAUGUCGCGCAGCGAAACCGGCGCGCGGGUUUGGUCGGGAGCGGGCACGGAGCGCGAAACGGAGGUGAAACGUGGAGUCUUGUGUCGACACCUAUUACAGCGCACGGGCUCUUGCUGACUACACAAGACGGCGGCGGGGGUUCUUGCGUGUUCAACGACCCCCCGUUCCCUCUGGGGCUCCGCGCUCCGUGACGAUGAGCCCCGACGAGGCGUGCCGCUUCUCGCCUCAUCGCCGCCGUGCCUCCCUGCACGGGCACGGACGACGGCGCUCGUAGAUCGGUGGCGCCCGCCGCUCCCGGUGUCCCCCACGCGUGCCACGACGGCCCGGCCCGACCGGUGACGUCUCCGCCGCCGCCGCCGUCGCCGGCCACCGCCCGGCCGCCGCCCGGCGUUGUUUCCCGUAACCGGAGCCGGGGCCUGCCGCUGCGAGCGGGCGGCACCGCGAUGGAAUGCGAGCCGCGGCACGCCACGGCCAAGGACCCCGCCCCCCUCGGGAACGGCGGCGGCCGUGCCGACGCGGUGGCGUGGACGCUUCCCCCCGGCGAGCGCCCGGCACGGUCGCGCCGCGGCGGCGCCGUCGGCGGCGGGGAUACGGACGCCGCUGGCGGGGCGUGCGGGGAGAUGCCGGCGGCCCCGCCGGAGGGCGCGGUGGGCGAGGAGGGGGAGGAGGAUACGGCCGAGAUGCAGGACCCGGCGCGGAGCGGAGAAGCGGUGAGGGGAGGUGACGUGGGUGGUGAUGGCCUCCCUUCACGUGGCUCCGCGUGCAGGCCGGGGCCAGCAACGGUGCAGCGGCAGCAACAGCUGCAGAGGCAGCAGCAGCAGGAGGAGGAGGAGGAUGAGCAACAACAUCAACAGCAAGAUCAGCAGGAGCGGCAGACACAACCGGAACAGCAGCAGCAGCAGCACCAGCAGUUACAACAGGAACAACAGCAGCACCAACAGCAGGAACAGCAGACGCAGCAGCAGACACAGCAGCAGCAGCAGCUGACACAGCAGCAGCUGCAGUACCAGCAGCAGCAGGCAGGCCCGCUGAUGAGAUUUUGCCCACGGCCUCCGCUCGAGCCGAAGCCGGCAAGGGCCACCCCCGAUUCCGGGGACGCCGGCAACCGGGGCUGGAGGCGCAAGACCCGCGGCGUGGCGAGCAAGCUGCGCGCCAUGGCCGAGCUGCGAGCCGCAGCGGCCUCCGCGGGCGCCUCCGUCGCGGCCACCGUCACCGCCAUCACCACCAGCAACACCACCCCGAGCAACGGCGGCGUUUGCGCGUCCGCGGACGACGCGGGCGCACGCCCCGGUGAGGCCGUGCGCUCCUCGCCGGCCCUCCCGGGCCUCGCGCUCGGCCGCACGAGGGGGGCGGCGCCGCGCGGCCUGCCGCGCCGAGGCUCGGGGUCGUGCCUGGCCUCGGGGCCCGGGGUGGACGGGGUUUUCCGGCUCGGUCGGCACAGCUCCCAGCUGAGCCUGGGCUGCCACGCCGAACCGGAGUCGCCCGGCGCCGGCGCGGGGCGCGAGCUCGAGUCGCGGUCGCUCCCGCCGCUCGCCGCGACGACGCCGCCGACGCCGACGCCGCCGCCGACGGCGCCGCCGCCGCUAUCCUCUCCGCCGGGCCCCCGUGGGCCGGGCCCCCCCCCGGUGUCGCGCUGGGCCGGCGCCGCCUCCGACUCGCGGCUGCUGGUUCAGCUGCGUGGCAGCCGGGCCUGGGCAGCGCCCGCCUCUCUCCCUUGCAGCCCGGCGGCGCCCGGCGCGCUGCCACCCAUCCCCACGCAGCGGGCACGCAGCAGGAGCUUCCUGGACGGCUCCCUGCUGGCGGGCGGCUCGCUGCUGGGCGCCGACGAGCUGGAGCGCCACGUGCCGCAGCGGCGGCUGCGCGUCUUCGUGGGCACCUGGAACAUGCAGGGCCGACGCUCGCUGCCGGCAAGCCUCGACGACUUCCUGCUGCCCGCCGAGGCGCCGUUCCUGCAGGACGCGUACGUGGUGGGCGUGCAGGAGGCCGCUCCGGACCGGCGCGAGUGGGAGGUGCGCCUGCAGGAGACGCUGGGCCCGUCCCACGUGCUGCUCUACUCGGCCGUGCACGGCGUGCUGCACCUCGCCGUGCUGCUGCGUCGAGACCUCAUCUGGUUCUGCUCAGAGGUGGAGCACGCCACGGUGACGACGCGAGCCGUCUCUCAGAUCAAGACCAAGGGGGCCGUCGCCGUCGCCUUCACGUUCUUCGGCACCUCCUUCCUCUUCGUCACCUCGCACCUCACCUCUGGAGAUAGCAAGGUGAUGGAGCGAAUCCUCGACUACAACAAGAUCAUCGAGUCGCUUACCCUCCCUCGCGUUGUCCCUCUCACCAAUGCCUACCAGCAGGACAGCGCGGACGUCACGAGCCGCUUUGACGUCGUCUUCUGGUGCGGGGAUCUCAACUUCCGCCUGGACCUGGAGCGUGCCGAGGCCGAAGCGCUGGCGCAGAGCGGCUCCCACGGUGACCUCGACCGGCUGCUCGCACACGACCAGCUGACGCCCAAGCUGCGCGACGGCUCCGUGUUCCGGGGCUUCAGCGAGGCGCUCAUCCUGUUCCCGCCCACCUACAAGUACGACGUUGGAGCCGACACCUUCGACAGCUCCACCAAGAAGCGCGUGCCCUCCUACACGGACCGCGUGCUGUGCCGGGCGCGCGUGCCGGGCGAGGUGAACUCUCUACUCUACACCUCCUGCCGCUCCAUCCGCACGUCCGACCAUCGUCCCGUCUUCGCACUCUACAGUGUCAAGCUGAGGCCCGGCCGAGACAAUAUCCCCCUGUCGGCCGGCAAGUUCGUCCGCGACGUUUACCUGGAGGCCAACCGCCGGCGGGUGCAGAGGUCUCAGCGCCAGCUGAGGCCCAGCACUGUGUGCUCCUUGAGCUGAGGGCGGUGGGGGGGAGGGGGGCGCCCCCCCCCCCUUCCCCCACGGCUCCUGGCUCCCCCGCCACUGGGGGCUGGAGGUGGCCACCGCCGCGAUUGAACGGAGGAGGAGGAGGAGGCGGCCGGGGACACGAGGCCCACGUGCCUGGAGGCCCAUGCCUCUCCGCGCUCUCUCUCUCCGUCGGGGAAGCCGCUGACCCCCCCCCGGGGGGGUGGGGGAGCAAGGGAGCCGUGGCCGUUCCCUGCACGCCGGCAGGGACGGCCUGAACCGGUUACCCGAACCCCGAUCCCGCCCAUUGCGGGCGCCAUCCCCGUUUGUAUUGGGCGUAAGAAUGUAAUUUAAGUUCGUCGGGGCUGGCCGUCUCUCUUGUGGUGCUGUGGUGUGCAGCCUUCCUGUACUCCCCCGCCUCGUCUGUUGCACCGUCUGCAAUGAACCCGCACCUUGCUGUCUCCAGUUCCUCGUUGCCGUUUGGUGCCGUCUCACCUGCGCUGUCUACCUCACUUGUCUGCUCUGCCUACACCCGCCUCUUGUGCUCGCUCGUUUUCAGAGCCAACCCGUGAGCCUCGGUGUGGGACGCGUGCUCACACGCCGUUAGCAACGGAUCGCGCACGCACGCACACACGCACACACACACACGACUCCACACACACACGACUCCAUGCACACACGACUCCACACACACACACACGACUCCACGCA